AUAUUCAGCCCUAUCGGCAAUCUCACGUGAGAAAUUUCCCCGGGAGUAGGUUUUCUCUCCCGGGAAUUUUUCUCCCUAUCGGCAAUCUCCAUCGGAAUUUCGUUUUCGGGAAAGAAGUACAACCAACUUAACAAAAAAAAAAAAACUUUCGAACACAUUUCUUCGAAAGUUUUGACAGCUCUAAUUUUGAGUGCAAAAAGUAAUAAAAUCAAGAAUUAAAAUGUUUAACGGUGCAAUAUUUGUAUUAUUUGAUGAGGAAAAUCGUGCCGAAAGACAAAAUAAUGAUUUAAGGACUAUGCGAAGGGUUUUAAGGGACAAUUGCAAUCCUCUUGAAUUGCCAGAAGCAACAUUCAAAAAAUACUAUCGAAUAAAUAAACCUAUGUUUGUUUAUUUACUGGACAUUCUGAAAACUUCAUUUGCAGAACAAAAAAAAUCUUUUGGUAUUCCUCCUAUUGUUAAGCUUAGCGCAUGCUUGCGCUUCUUUGCAGAAGGAGGAUACCAAAAAGGAGUUGGCAACGACCAUGUCGUGGGUCUAGCUCAGUCUUCAUUUUCUGAAGUAUUAAAGGAUGUUUUAAAUAUACUUGAAGACAAGCUAUGUUCAAGUUGGAUUAAUAUGGACAUGACACCAGAGGAAAAACGAAACACAGCCAUCCAAUUUUACGAAAAACAUCGUAUACCAGGUGUUAUCGGUUGUAUAGACGGCACACACAUCCGCAUAAUCGCGCCUACACUUAACAAACACUUAUUUUAUAAUCGGAAAGGCUUUUUUAGUUUAAAUGUUUUACUGGUUUGUGAUGCUGAUAUGCGGAUUCGGUUUGUUGAUGCUAGCCACCCGGGAGCAACUCAUGAUGCGUUCAUUUGGAGGGUAAGCGAACUAAGGUCAUGGUUGGAACAAAAGUAUUUAAAUGGAGAAAGAAACUCGUGGUUAUUGGGAGACGCUGGAUACCCACUAGAACCGUGGCUUUUAACUCCCCAUAGAAAUCCAGAAGAUGGUACAUCUCAGAGCCGAUUCAACUUGAAGCAUAAGCAGUGCCGCAACAUCAUUGAGAGAGUAAAUGGUGUUCUCAAAAACAGGUGGAGAUGUCUACUCGGUGCAAGGGAGCUUCACUACCAACCUGACAAAGCCGUGCAAAUAACAAAUGUUUGCUGUGCAUUACAUAACAUUUGCAUUCAUUUCAAUGCUGAUUUUAAUCCUAUGGACCUUCCUAGGACGAGUAUUCAUGAGAGUAAUGCUGACACCGAAGAAUUGGAAAACGAAAUGCCACCUGAUAAUUCAGAGUAUAUGACUGUAUCUCAAAAUAUAAGAACGCAAAUUGGAGAGUCAAUUUAAAAUAACUUUAUUCAAAGAAAAUAAAUAAAA